AUGUCUGUCUGGUCUGCUGGGCUCAUUCCGUCCCGUUCCCCAAGCAAAUGGGCGAUACCAAGUGCGAGUGCGUGCAUAUGCGAGGAACGAUCACUGUAUGUCGACGCGGUACGAUAUCGGAUCCAUCGGUAUUAUGACAAGGUCGGAUCUAGAACCGACAACGUGGGGUACAAUCCGGUCUGGUUAUUUGAGGGCGGAAGAAAGUCGUUGACUGUUGAAAUCGAAGCAUGA